CAGCGCUUUAUUAAACUUCCUGACCUUCCUCUCCUCCAAAGUCUCAAGCUUCCUUCUUCUCCUCAUUCUUCAUCUCUUGCGUCCUUUAUACCCUCCCCCGCAUUCUUCUCCGUGGAAUCCAUUAGCUUUCUAUUCCACUUUCAGAGCGCCUGAUUAACCCCCGGCGCAUCUCUCCAACCUCACCACCUCUUUUUCUGUUCUUCACAUCUCACAAUCCUCCACAAUGGCUCCCAGAGUUGUCGUCGUUGGCGGUGGCCUUUCCGGUCUCAGUGCUGCCCACACCAUCUACCUCGCCGGUGGUAACGUCGUCCUCCUUGACAAGCAGGGCUUCUUCGGUGGUAACUCCACCAAGGCUACCUCUGGUAUCAACGGUGCCCUGACCCGCACCCAGGUUGACCACAAGAUCGGUGACAGCGUCAAGCAGUUCUACGAAGAUACCCUCAAGUCUGCCCGUGACAAGGCUCGUCCCGACCUCAUCAAGGUCCUGACCUACAAGUCCGCUGCUGCUGUUGAGUGGCUCCAGGAUGUCUUCAACCUCGACCUCACCCUCGUUUCUCGUCUCGGUGGUCACUCCCAGCCCCGUACCCACCGUGGCCACGAUGCCAAGUUCCCCGGUAUGGCCAUCACCUACGCCCUGAUGCAGCGCAUUGAGGAGCUUGCCGAGAACGAGCCCCACCGUGUCGAGAUCAUCAAGAAGGCCCGCGUCACCAGCCUCAACAAGAACGGUAACAACGUUACCGGUGUUACCUACGAGCUCAACGGUGAGACCCUCACCGUCGACGGCCCCGUUGUCCUCGCCACUGGUGGUUACGCCGCCGAUUUCGGUGAUGGCUCUCUCCUCAAGCAGCACCGUCCCGACACCUUCGGCCUUGCCACCACCAACGGUACCCACGCCACUGGUGACGGCCAGAAGAUGGUCAUGGCCAUUGGCGGUAAUGCCAUUGACAUGGACAAGGUCCAGGUUCACCCUACCGGUCUUGUCGACCCCAAGGACCCCGGCUCCAAGUGGAAGUUCUUGGCUGCUGAGGCUCUCCGUGGUGAGGGUGGUCUUCUCCUCAACGCCGAUGGCGACCGCUUCUGCGACGAGCUCGGUCACCGUGAUUACGUCUCGGGCAUGAUGUGGAAGGAGAAGGACAAGGGCAAGUUCCCCAUCCGCCUCAUCCUCAACUCCAAGGCCUCCAACACCCUUGACUUCCACACCCGCCACUACUCUGGCCGUGGUCUCAUGAAGAAGAUGACUGGUGCCGAGCUCGCCAAGGAGAUUGGCUGCACCCCCGACCACCUCCAGAGCACCUUCAAGACCUACAACGCCAUUGCCGAUGGCAAGCAGAAGGACCCCUGGGGCAAGAAGUUCUUCCACAACAUGCCCGUCGACAUCAACGACGACUUCCACGUUGCCGUCAUGGAGCCCGUUCUCCACUUCACCAUGGGUGGUAUCGAGAUCAACGACAAGGCCCAGGUCCUCAACCAGGAGCAGAAGCCCUUCGAUGGCCUCUUCGCCUGUGGUGAGCUUGCCGGUGGUGUCCACGGUGCCAACCGUCUCGGUGGUUCUUCCCUCCUCGGCUGUGUCGUCUACGGCCGUGUUGCUGGUGACUCUGCCAGCAACUACCUCUUCCAGCAGGCUCUCAGCGGCCAGGCUGCCGGUGCCGCUCGUCUCGGCCAGAUCUCUCUUCACCUCGACCCCUCUUCUCCCGGCAAGGUGACCGUGGAGUGGGCCAACGGAGCCGCCGGCUCUGCUCCCGCCAGCCAGCCCCAGGCUGCUGGUCCUGCCGCUGCCCCGGCUGCCGCUGGUAAGAGCGAACCCAAGCCCUUCACGAUCCCCGAGAAGGAGUUCACUAUGGAAGAAGUUGCUAAACACAACAAGGAGGGCGAUCUGUGGGUAGUAGUUAAGGGCGUCGUCAUGGACCUCUCCAACUGGCUUGACGAGCACCCCGGUGGCCCCCAGGCCAUCAAGAACUUCAUGGGCCGUGAUGCCACCGAGGAGUUCGAGAUGCUUCACGACGAUGAGGUCAUUCCCAAGUACGCCCCCGAACAGGUUAUCGGCCGUGUCAAGGGCCAGACCCCUUCCCUCGAGAUCUAAACAGAUUCACGGAUGGCUCGGGUUCGUGUUCAUGACGUGAGACGACAAACCUGAUUGAAAAAGAAAAAAGAAAAAGAAAUGGCAUGAAAAUAUGAUCCUCCUUUCUUCCUCAUAUGGGAGGGUUGUUGCUGCUGUUGCUGCUGCUACAAUACGGGGGCAAACAAACGGCGCUUGGGAUCAGAGUGACUUAUAUUUCACUCAUGAUGUGUUUAAUGUUUUAUAUCUAUUCCUUAUGUAUUUUGAACUAGUCUGUACAGAUAGCAAUGCAUCUACAAAUCUUGAAAAAGAAAAAUGUUCCCUCUUCCACUCACAUAAUCUGUGCACCUGCGUCUUUCGUUCUCUUAUACAGCCUCGCCUUUAUGAACAGUUGAAUGUCAAGCAAGACGUCCGUUCGUGCUUUAAUGUGUGCCGCGGGUGUCUAAUUCGGCCGACAUGUGUCCAGCACACAUUCGAAGGCAUACAACCAUCUGAAAUUCUCUUUUUCUUUUUCAGACAAGCAAUCGGACCGCACGCACUAUGCCCAGCAAGCCGCCCGACUGUUUCACUUGACAGCGAGACAAAGGCCCGACGACCGACUCAUGUCAACACCACUCACAUACUGAUGAUGCUACUACUUCCAUUUCUGCACCUGCACGCUACCCAGAUUAAUCACGCACGGCCUGGAAUCUGAUGCAUCAAAGAUUUCAGACUCCAUCCGACCACGGUGUCUAGCGUCCAGCGGCGCUGCUUGGGCCUUUGGACCUCCCGAAGUGCCGGCAGAUGCCGCACCGGCAAUGACUGAGUGAAAUGGCCACUCGACGCCACUCAUCAGAUCCCAGCAGCGUGGCUUAUGACUAAAUUUCAUCAAGGUUGUCUUCAUGCAAAGUGAAAAACAAAAGCUUGUUUCGUCUAAUGCCCAGAGAUUUUCCCUUGGCGGAAGACGUAAUAAAAAGAAGAGAAGAGGAAACAAUACGAAGCCAAAGUUGAGGUUGAGGUUGGGCUCUGCACAUGAAGCCGUCGAAGUGUAAUAUGCCACCCGCAUUUUGUUAUGCGUUUUAACCAGCUCAGGAUUAUCAGUGCAGCCCCCAACAGAAUUAACUGUUGCAUGACUGUGAAGCAG